AUGCACAUUGACAAACUAAGUAAACGCAUUAACUUCAAAGAUGGCUAUGUAAUUAAGUACAUAGUAUAAAACUAUUGAAAUGAUCUAACAUUCAUUGAUUAUUUUGUUUCAUCUGUUCUAGUGAUAAUCACAAGACAACGACCCGGCCCACCAAUCGACUUCUCGGUCCGUUCAUCGGUAGAAGAGGCGGACAUAGGAGAAUUCUUCAGCGAAGGCAAACGAGGGUGCCGGCCGAACGUCUUCAAGAGCCAGUUGGUAGAGGGGAUGCAGGUCGCCCUCAAUUGGACCCUCAGGGAAGACGGGAGGCCGUACGGGAAGACAAACGUUACUUUUGGUUUAAAUUAUGCAUCCACGGGGGAUCCAUACGUAUACAGAUUGAUUUAUACGCUGCCAAUACUGCAAGAUUGCCAGCUGUUUCUCCUCCCUGAAGAAGCUGUGAUAUCCGACACCGACCUACCUCCCACUCCUCACGAAUGCCGCGUGUGGUUCCCCAGAAGAGAAGGCGGACGCGGAUUGGUUGUGCAGCUGAUCAGGCUGAACGUGCCUUGCGCGAGAGGAUACGUCCACCUAUCAGGCUGGAACGGUACACAACGUAAUGGAGGCCACCCGAAGAGCCACAAGCAGACCCACCUCUGCGGCAAAUUGGAAGAGCACCCUGAAUCGGACCGUUCUGCCUUCUUCCCCUCUCCAGCACCUCGAGCUGCGCCGCCUCUGAUGCGUCUCCAGGGGCGGCCAGUGUUCGCAGCCGCCUACCGACUCGUCGACCACUGUUACAACGUCACUUUCACGCAAAGGAAUGGCAACUUCACGCUACGGUCACAGGCGGCGCUAAGUUGUACGUUUCGGAUAUACCUGCCGUAUGGGAAUAGAGUAGCGCUUAGCUUGAAGGUCGGCGACAGCAGGACAGCUGGUGGAGGUGACAAGUUGGAAACCACGACGAAUCUUCAAUCACCUGUAAAUGGCGAUCAUACCUGUCAAGGACUUCUCACAAAGCUGCAAGAUGGUUCUUCCACCUGGUCUCAUUGUACAAAGGUUGGUGACCCUGAAAGACAUAUCGAAAUCGUGUCGAGAGAGAACAAAAUAGUACUUAAGGUUACCGUUCGCUCCGCCCCUACCGCUCCAAGCCCCUCUCUCAGCAUGCGAAUGUCCUAUCGCGCAGAACCAAUCGAGCGCGUCGUGGGCGUGUGCGAGUUCGGGUGGGCGGCGCUACGGCAGUUCUGCGUCACGGCGAUAGAGGGCGUGCGCUUGUCAUGGCAACAGGCGGAGAUGGAGUGCGCGCGCAGAGGCGGGCACCUUGCGAGUAUACGCAGCGAGCAGGACCAGAGGCUGUUGGACAAUUUGCUGAUCAACAGGUGAGGCGAUA